GUUCAUUUUCCAUUAAGUUUGCAUUUUGACAAUUUCCGUCGAGACUGUCAUGGCGUCGACAAGAAGUAUCGUCGAGUACCUCGGUGACCAUGAACGUUAUCGUUGUGGUUACUGCGGAUCUUCGGAUACUAACUAUUCACAUGGUAUGUGGGCUCAUUCCAUGACAGUACAGGACUAUGAAGAUCUCAUCAACAGAGGCUGGAGGCGAAGUGGCAAGUACUGCUACAAGCCCACCAUGAAGGUGACAUGCUGUCCACACUACACCAUCAAACAGGAUGCUCCAAAUUUCAAAAUGAGCAAAUCCCACAAAAAGGUUAUAAAACGUGUGAACAAGUUUCUUAUUCAUGGAAUAAAGAAAGGGGAUAAGAGUGAUGAGGUGGACGAUGAUAGUGAACCAUCUGCAACACAUGGUGGUGAAAAUCUUGAACGAUUAGAAAAUAUAUCACCCAGUGACUUAAAACUUAAAGCUGACGGCGUGAAGCUUAAAACAGACUUGAAAGAUUCAAGUUCAAAGAUCAGUUCAAAGGGAGAUGACUCUGAUAAAAGUUCAUCGAUCUCUACAGCCAGCACAAGCAAACCUGCUGACAGCGAGGACAAGGCAAUGGAUACACAAGCUAAACAGCCCCACAAACCUCAGCCAGGUUCAGGGGCUGACCCGAGUCGGCCUCCAAGCAGGAAGGCGAAGGAUGUACGGAGGGAGCGGAAGUUACAGAAGCUGUCGGACAAAGGCGAGGACGCUGAGGCAGCAGCAGCACCAAGCAAGCAGCUGCAGCGCAAGGACUCUGAAAUGAAGACCUUAGAGGAUUACCUCAAUGAGCCAGAACAGGCUCCAAGUGUGGCCCACAAACUCCAGACCCGACUUGUACUUGUAAACCCCCACUCAAAUGACUACAGAACAAGUUUUACUGAAUCGCACCAAGUGUUUAAGAAAUACCAGAUGUCCGUUCAUAAAGAGGACGAAACCGACUGUAGUAAACAAAACUUCACGGAAUUCUUGGCAAACUCUCCAUUGGAGCCAAUGAGCAAAGAUGGAGGUCCAGCACUGGGGUAUGGAUCAUUCCAUCAACAUUACAUCCUCGACGGCAAGAUCAUCGCAGUUGGCGUCAUCGACAUCCUUCCUCACUGCAUGUCGUCAGUCUACCUCUACUAUGAUCCGGAGUACAGCUUCUUGUCCCUGGGGACCUACUCAGCUCUGAGGGAGAUAGCAUUUGUGCGGGAACUGCAGCAGCAGACGCCGGAGCUGAGGUUCUACUACAUGGGCUACUACAUUCACUCCUGUCCCAAGAUGAGAUACAAGGGUCAGUACUAUCCUUCCUUCCUGGCUUGUCCCGAGGCCUACACCUGGGUCUCCAUUGAGAAGUGUCGGCCCAAGCUGGAUGCCAGUCGCUAUGCCAGACUAGAAGAGGAUGGUGUAGGUGAUGACAACAGCAACAUUGACCUUGAUCGAGUACUGGUUCUGUACGACUCUGAGGCCAUGCCGUACGAGGUGUACAGUUUCAUGAAACCCAACGCUAACGAUGAGGCAGAAGUGAAGGAGUAUGCCAUGUUGGCAGGGAAGACAUGUGCGGAGCGGAUGUUGCUGUUCAGGAAGUAGAUCCUGGGGAUUUCAACCAGACUCCAAGAUCUCCUGUAUAUACGGGUGGCAGUCUCGAUGUGUCCUCUGUAUGCACAGGUUGCUGUCUUGAUAUGACCUCUGCACAUGGGCUGAUUAUGUUUUGUCUUCUGUAUGUACAUGGAACAGUCACGAUAUGUCUUCUGCAUGCACAGGAGGCCAUCACAAAAUGUCUUCUGUAUGCACAGGAGGCCAUCACGAUAUGUCUUCUGUAUGCACAGGAGGCCAUCACAAAAUGUCUUCUGUAUGCACAGGAGGCCAUCACGAUAUGUCUUCUGUAUGCACAGGAGGCCAUCACGAUGUGUCUUCUGUAUGCACAGGAGGCCAUCACGAUAUGUCUUCUGUAUGCACAGGAGGCCAUCACAAUAUGUCUUCUGUAUGCACGGGAGGCCAUCACGAUAUGUCACGAUGUGUCUUCUGUAUGCACAGGAGGCCAUCACAAUAUGUCUUCUGUAUGCACGGGAGGCCAUCACGAUAUGUCACGAUGUGUCUUCUGUAUGCACAGGAGGCCAUCACGAUAUGUCUUCUGUAUGCACAGGAGGCCAUCAUGAUAUGUCUUCUGUAUGCUCAGAAGGCCAUCAUGAUGUGUCUUCUGUAUGCACAGGAGGCCAUCACGAUGUGUCUUCUGUAUGCACAGGAGGCCAUCAUGAUGUGUCUUCUAUAUGCACAGGAGGCCAUCACGAUAUGUCUUCUGUAUGCACAGGAGGCCAUCACGAUGUGUCUUCUGUAUGCACAGGAGGCCAUCACGAUAUGUCUUCUGUAUGCACAGGAGGCCAUCACAAUAUGUCUUCUGUAUGCACGGGAGGCCAUCACGAUAUGUCUUCUGUAUGCACAGGAGGCCAUCACAAUAUGUCUUCUGUAUGCACGGGAGGCCAUCACGAUAUGUCUUCUGUAUGCACAGGAGGCCAUCACGAUAUGCCUUCUGUAUGCACAGAACCCA